AUGGGUAUCCUUACCUCAACAGUCAAUGCACAGGUUUACAUCGAAACUUUGGACACUUUUCUCAUUCCGUCAAUAGAAAAGAAGUUUGGUGAUGAUUUUUUCUUCAGUCUGUUUGCGAGCACACGCUCAUCUCUGCUGAUGCUGGACUAUCUGAGCAUGCUGCUGUAUUUCUGCUGCCAUCCUGAACCGGCUCAGGGCUUCACCAGAGCUCUCAGCCUCGUGAUCGGACACACACUGCACUAUAAACACACCAGCCCCCUCACACAGUCUGUGCUGUAUAUGGAGGGUGCUGGAGUUGAGGAGUGUGACGCUGAUGAAGACGAGGAGAGGGGGGUGGAGUCUGAUGAAGUGGGUGUGUCUGUGGAUGAUGUGCUCAGAGUUCUGGGUCAUGGAGAUGAUCAUGUCUCCUCACGUCUGAACCGCUUCCAGCCAAACCGCAGGAGCAGAGAUGAACUCAGAGAGGAGCUGCUGAAGGUGUUUAAGGAGUUGGGCUUUAAGGGUGAGGAGAAGAUUCCUUUCUUCACGCUGUCCCAGCAUCCCUUUCUGCAGGACCUGAUGGAGGGAUCCUCACAGUACCAGCUUCCUGUGAGUGUAACAAAUAAAUAUGUGAUCUCACACACACUACAACAGAGAUCAGUGGAUUGCAAGUGUCCUGGGACAGGUGAGGGAGUGAGUGAUGAGCUGGUGGAGCUACUCGGGGAGGACAUCAAAUUCCAGAGAGACCGAGGAGAGAAGCGCACAGGAGACCAGGGAGAGAAUGGAGAGACUGUUUUCUCUUCUUGA